GUUUGAAGUCCUAAUUGAUAAGACCUAUCUCUUCAAAGUUGAGUGCAAGAAUGAUUAUAAUACCAAAUUUGAACAAUCAUUCAGAGUUAAAAAAGUUUGCAUGGAUGAAAAAGUAAUUGAAAGCUUUUCUGAUGUUGAAAUUAAGUCUUUGGAUCUAUACUCUGCAAAUGAAGAAGAAACCAAAUUAAAUGAGCCAACAAAUCAACUCUCACCUGAUUCCAUUGCAGAGGAUUUGUUGAUCAAAUUCACAGAAGAAUCAAAUGAUCUUGAGACUCUAAGUGAUCAUUUGAACAAUAUAGUAUCAAGCCAUGUUCCUCCCGAAGAAUCCUUGAAAAAUAAAAAUGUAAUUGAUGUUCAAAUUCAUGAGUUAACCCGCAAAGAAUCAUCUCAUCUGGACAAUCUUGAUUUGGGUACUCAACCACCUGUUCCAGUACUUAAAAGACAAAGUCGAUCUAUGGUUCAAGAAAACAAGAAGAUUCCAGUGAAGAUGUUGAAGAAGAAUAUAAAGAUUGAAAAGUGAUAGACUUUAUGUUUCUUAUGUUAUUUUUUG